AUGUUAAUAAAACUUGCAGACUACGCCGCUGUGCUCUUUGCCUUUGCUAUCCUCAGAGUAUAUCUUCGAAGGCGCACAAACCCUUCUGGCCUCCCAGCUCCUCCAGGUCCCAAACCUCUUCCCAUCAUUGGCAAUAUCCUUGACAUUCCUACACGAUCAUCUUGGGUGACAUAUGCUCGUUGGGCACAAAUAUACGGCGAUAUCAUCUCUCUCAAAGUCCUUGGUCAGACAAUAGUGAUCCUUAACACUCCUAAAGUUGCCCGCGAUCUCUUUGAGAGGCGCAGCUCGAUAUACUCAGACCGCCCCGCAUUCCCUGCGUUCGAGAUAUGUCACCACAGGAUGAACCUGAAUUUCAACUUAUCUGUGAAACGAUAUGGAAAUUCCUGGAAGAUAGGGCGAAACAUGAUAGAUCACAGUUUCCGCCAGAGCACUUCGAUGACAUAUAGACCCAUGCAGAUGCGAGAGGUACACCGUUUCCUCAGAAAAAUCGUCCACUGCCCAGAUAAUGUUAUCGAUUAUUGCAGGCAGCUGACAGCAGCCAUCAUUAUGUCUGUGACCUAUGGAUACAAGACAACAGAGCCGAGGGAUUAUUUUGUGGAGCUAGCUGAAGACGCUGUCGAGAGAGCGAUAGCCGCUAUGCUGCCUGGGGCUACGAUAAUCAACACAUUUCCGACGUUGCGACAUCUUCCAGCAUGGCUUCCGGGCUUAGGCUUGAAGAGAGAGGCUAUACGCAAGUGGCAACAAGUUCAAGAAACUAUAGAUGCACCGUUUGAGUUUGCAAAAGGGGAAAUUCAAAAAGGGUCAGCGGAGCCGUCAAUGGUCGACGAAUGCUUUACCUCAUUCUCGAAUACUGGUCUGACGAAGACCGAAGAGCACAUACUCAAGGAAGUUGCGGCUACAACUUAUCUAGCUGGUACCGACACAAUGACGUCCGCAAUUUCUUGCUUGUUCAAGGCACUGACCCUCUCUCCGGAUGUUCAGAGGCGUGCUCAGGAAGAGCUAGACACUGUAAUAGGAAGGGAACGCCUGCCAACUUUCGAUGACCGUCCUCAGCUGCCAUAUGUUGAAGCAGUGUGCCAGGAACUUCGCCGGUGGAGGCCAGUCGCCCCGAUGGCACUCCCGCAUACCACUACAGAAGAUGAUGUCUAUGAAGGGUACUUCAUUCCAAAAGGAUCGCAGGUCCUUGCAAAUGUCUGGGCCAUGUUCCAAAAUCCUGCCGCAUAUCCUGACCCAGAUACCUUCCGUCCUGAACGCUUCUUGUCACCGGACGGUACCCUAAUUGAUGACCCUGCACUUAAAGCUGCCUUUGGCUUCGGCAGGAGAGUAUGCCCGGGACGUUUCCUCGCGGACGCCACUAUAUGGGCCGCUGUCGCGUCCGUAUUAUCUGUGUUCACUAUCCGCAAAGCCAAAGACGUUGAAGGGAGGGACAUACCUGUGGACGAUGCUUUGACUGAUCACGGACUGAUCUGCCAUCCCACGCCUUUCCAAUUUUCAAUUGUUCCGAGAGAUGCCCAGUCGAAACAGCUCAUUGCUGAAACCAACGUAUGA